UGGCCGCAACCCCGCCCUCAGCCGGUCGCGGCCGUCCCGCGCGCCGGGGUCGCCGUUUUCCCCGCCUCAGCAGCGACGGCGUCGCCUCGUCCCGAGCGCGCGCGCGCCGCCCCGCGGGGCCCGGCGAGGGUUGUUGUGGAGCGGCGCGGGAGCACGUGAGGAGCGCAACGUCAUCAUAAACACUCGUGGGCAACAUGGCGGCGCCUCCGAGCGGCAAGGUUGUAUAUGAGCAAGAAGGUGUUUUCAUUCAUUCAUCCUGUGGAAAAAAUGAUGACCAGGACAGCUUAAUAUCAGGAAUACUACGUGUCAUAGAAAAGGAUAAUGAAGUAGUAGUAGACUGGAGACCACUGGAUGAUACUUUGGAUACUUCCAAUAUCCUAUGUGCUGGAAAGGAUUCCAGUUCUGUUGUGGAAUGGACUCAAACUCCUAAAGAAAAAUGUUCCCGAGGAGCAGACCGUCCGAGUAGUUAUGAAGCAGAGUGGGACAUGGUCACCACAGUCUCUUUUAAAAAGAAACCUCAUUCAAAUGGAGAUGCUCCGACUCAUGCAAAUGGAGAAAGCAAGUGGUCCUUCCUGUUCAGUUUGACAGAUCUGAAAUCAAUCAAACAAAACAAAGAAGGCAUGGGAUGGUCUUAUUUAGUGUUCUGUCUGAAGGAUGAUGUGAAGCUUCCAGCUCUUCACUUUCAUCAUGGAGAUAGCAAACUAUUGAUUAAAUGCCUUGAAAAGCACGUUGUGCUGAAUGAAUCCCCACAGGAUAAACGUAUUCUUCUUGUGAAUUCUCAGAACAAGUCUCUGUCUCAGUCUUUUGAAAAUCUCUUUGAUGAACCAUCGUAUGGCUUAUUACAAAAAUUGAAGAAAGAUCCAUACACAGUAACAAUGGGAAGAUUUUCCAAAGUUACAAACUACAUUUUUGACAGUUUCCGUUUAAGUGACCCUGUAAAUCAAAGGCGACCACCAUCAGAAAUGGCAGAUUUUCUCAAUGAUGCUAUUCCGGGACUAAAGAUAAAUCAGCAGGAAGAACCAGGAUUUGAAGUCAUUACACGGAUUGCUCUGGGGAAACAGCCUGAAGUCAGUAGAAGAGAGCCUGUAUCGGCUGAAGAGUGGGCUAAGAAUAUGGAUUCUGAAGGAAGAAUUUUAGAUGUUGACUACAUAAAGCGAUUGAUAUUCAAAGGGGGUCUCUGCCAUACUUUAAGAAAAGAGGCAUGGAAAUUUCUUUUGGGGUAUUUUCCUUGGAAUAGCACUAAAGAAGAGAGAGCAAAUCUGCAAAAACAAAAAACAGAUGAAUAUUUCAGGAUGAAACUGCAGUGGAAAUCUGUCAGUGAGGAACAGGAAAAGCGAAAUUCAAGAUUAAGAGAUUACCGGAGUCUUAUAGAAAAAGAUGUCAACAGGACAGAUCGAACAAAUAAAUUCUAUGAAGGCGAAGAUAAUCCAGGACUGAUUUUACUUCACGAUAUUUUGAUGACAUAUUGCAUGUAUGACUUUGACUUGGGUUAUGUCCAGGGGAUGAGCGACUUGCUUUCACCUGUUUUGUAUGUUAUGGAGAAUGAAGUAGAUGCCUUUUGGUGCUUUGUGUCAUACAUGGAUCAAAUGCAUCAGAAUUUUGAAGAACAGAUGCAGGGUAUGAAGACACAACUAAUUCAACUGAGUACUUUGCUUCGUUUACUAGACAGUGGAUUUUGCAGUUAUUUAGAAUCUCAAGACUCAGGCUACCUUUAUUUUUGCUUCCGAUGGCUUCUUAUCAGAUUUAAAAGGGAAUUUAGCUUUCAAGAUAUUCUUCGACUCUGGGAGGUUAUGUGGACGGAUUUGCCUUGCCAGAAUUUUCAUCUUCUCCUUUGUUGUGCUAUCUUAGAAUCUGAAAAACAGCAAAUAAUGGAUAAGCACUAUGGCUUUAAUGAAAUACUAAAGCAUAUCAAUGAACUGUCUAUGAAAAUUGAUGUGGAAUAUAUACUCUGCAAAGCAGAAGCGAUCUCUAUGCAGAUGAUGAAUUGCAAGGAAUUGCCUCAAGCAGUUAGUGAGAUCCUGGGGAUAGAAAGCAGUUCCAUAACACCAGAUUCAGAUACUGGAGAGGAUGAAAGUGGAGCUGUGUUGAGUUGUCCAGCAUCAUUAUAUCAAUCUCUCUCAACACCUGUAAUUGCUGCCAAUGGAACAAGCAACGGCUCUCAACAGAUGUCUGAGAGACAGAGCCUGGCACCUGCAUAAUUACAGUUGGUUAAACUGAAGAAAGACUUUACCAAGCACGCUUUUUUCAAGUACUUGAGAGAUGGAUAUUUAAAUUUGUUGUUGAUUAAGCUUUAAGGUUGGAAAGAAAAAUCUGUACUGUAAUGCUCUUGCAUUAAAGCUUUACAACAUGACUCAACUUAACUAUUUUUGUAGUUUCUUCUACCAAAAUAGCCUUUUGUUUUCAAUAACAUUCCUUAAUAUUUUUGUAGCCAAGUGCAUUUUCUUUUUGCUGGUGAACUGGAAAUGGAUGAUGAUUGAGUUUGGAAAUUGUGCAUUUGCUGAGCUUUCACACAUAUUGAUCUAAGACAGUGUGAGCUCUUUAAUUUUGAGCAGAUGCACGAUAGGCCAGAUGAAGCUGCUGUACAAAAUUUCAAGCUGAAGAGAUGCUGUUGUGUUCAAGAAGGAUCAUUUUGUAAAUGGAUAGGUUUUCCCUAUCUCAAAUGUUUACAAAAAUACUUCUAAGUAUUUGUUGCUGGUUGAAUGUAGAUUUGAAGUGGACAUUUAUACUUAUACAGUUUAAUGUCCAAAUACUGAUUUUUGUGUAAUAGGGAGUGGAUGAACAGUAUAUUUUUACAUUAACAUAUCUUCACUUUAUAUAUGCAUAUUAUAAUUAUAUAUUUACACACAUACACACACUAUAUAUACACAAAUGUUUGUGAAUACUAAAAAGGAUAGUCAUAUUUUCAAUAUCCGAAUAAACCUGACUGUUCAUUCAUAUGAAUCAGUUUGACCAAAUUAAUGCACAGCUCCAACUUGGGCUCUUUUUCAAAACUUUUCUAACUGAAAGUAACUUUCAUGUGAAUACAUUCAGUCCUACACUUGAGGUAAUUUUGCAAUUGAUUUCUUGCAAACUUUACUAAUGUUUAUCUUUGCUAAUACAUUAACUGAUCAAUUAACUACUUACAGUGUUUUUAUGGCAAGAUUAUUUGGAGAAUUAAUAAGCUGAUAAAAACAACCAAACCACAAACCAAAAUAGUAAUCGCAAUUAACAUUAAUGCAUUUUUUGUAUAUGCAAAAGGCAGUGUGAGUUUAUUCUAUGCCAUGCUGAUGUCCUUUGACGUUAUGUGAAAUUUAACAUAACUGAUUCAGUGUAUUCAUUAUUUGGUAACUAUUGUACAUAUAUAAAAUAAAAAUCAAAGCUGAUUUAGUGUUUUUAAUUAAAUCAUAUUUAGAGAAAAAAUCUAGUUGUCUGGUUGUUGAUAUAAGGCCGUGAGAUAGAGGGGAUAACUAACAACAUUUAGUCCAUCAGUAUUAUAUAUUUUGUGAGCAAUGAAGAGCAUUGGGAACAUCUGUUUAUUACAGGGUGGAACAUGCCUUUCGUCUCUUAGCAGUUGCGUGUGGGAUAUAGUGGAGCUUUUUCUUCUGGAACAGUUUACUUUUACAAAUGUUAUUGUGCCAUAUAAAGCAAAUACAAGUAAUACAAAAAGGCUUUAAUAGAUAAAUCAAGUUGUUACAAUAAUUUGAGAGUUGAUUAAAAUUCUCUCAUGAGAUGUGAACAAACACUGGAGAGCUGAAUCCGUAUAGAUUUUGUUUUUAAUAUCGUCAAUGCUCUAUCUCUCAUCAGUUAAUAAGAAGUCUUACGUAGUGAAAGUCAGGGAUUCAUAGCUGAGCGUAUCUAUAGUCUUUCAUUUCCUGUCCAGGAAAUUACUGUGAAGCAUCACACCCUUCUUCCGUGUUGAACAUUGUGCUUCUUGGCAGUUCAUUCAAUGUGGCAUAGAAUACAUAAAGGCAUUAGAACUUACAUAAUCAACACUUUGGUUCAGACAUAACUAAGCAAGUUAGUUUCAGUAUUUUUGGAGAACCUGAGUUCACUUUGAAGCAUACUUGCAAAAUGUUUUUGUCAAAAGUUGUGUUAAAAUGAAACCAGGGAAAGGUGGAGGGAAAUGUCUAAAACUGAGAAAUGCAAUGGGCAAGUCUGUCAAUUUGUCUUUGAUAAAUUGCAUGGUUCUUAGUAAUUCAGGAUGUGUCACCACCAAAAAUUAUAUGCAGCAUAUUAAAAUCUUGAAGGAAAUCAUAACUGACUGAACAUGAAUGUUCAGAUGUUUAGGAAAAGCGUAUUUAAGUGGGAGUCUCUCACUUCUUAGAAUUGCAGCUAUGGCUUCUAAGAACUAUGACUAGCCCUUAAAGUAAAGUUUGCCUUCCCUUUUUGGGUAUAAUUGUUCAUCUUUUCCUUUUGUGUUAAGCACUCAGAUGUCAAGGAGAAGGUUGCUCCUGAAUUAACAGUGAGCAGCUGCUGUGGAAGGCUUGGAAUAGGUAAACUUGCUCUGCUUCCCAACAAUACAAUUAAAUGCCCCUUGUAGUGUUCAUUAUCUGUGGUUUCCUUCCUUCUGACUGGCAGCCUUGCAAAGAGUUGCGAUCGAGAGGAACCUCAUCUUCCACCAAACUAUUUCUGACUCUUAGUGAUGGAUUUAGUCUAAGCUGAAACUACAAACACUGUGAGAGGCCUUAAUCAGGAUCAUGAAGACUGAAAAUAUGUCAUGAUUUUGGAGGUUCUGGAUGUGUAAAUUUCUUUUGUAUAUGAAAGAUUUAGAUUGCUUGGAAUUAACAAAUAUGAACUAACUGAAUACUUUUUUUGGCUACGGUUGCCAGGCUGCAAAAGGCUGUAUUUGUUUAGUCCCUACAAACCUGUUCUUUUAUUUUUUAAUUCUUAUGUAGAAGAUAAGAAUUAAAGAUAAGAUAUUUUUGGGGAUGACUAUUUAAGACUUCAUACAUUCCAAUCGUAGCAGAAUUCCAAUGUUAUCUGCUUCAAGGUAAAAAUUAUAUUUAUGUAGGUCUCUCUUUAAAGAGAGAUUUUUUCUUAUUUUGCCUGUUUGAGGAAUUUUACUUGUUUCAAAAGUACUUUCUUGAGGUUUUUUUAUUCUGUCUGAGUGUGAAGAAGAUAACUUACAAGAAGGAGAGUCACCUGAAGCUUCUCGGAAGUUUGGACCAAUGUUUAUAGAAUUUGAUACUGAGGCUAAAAAAAAAUUAUAACAGGAUGAUGCUAUACUUAAUUGCCUAUAGUAAUCAGUUAAUGCUUCAGAAAUUAAGUAAAUAUGUACCUAUUCCCUUCCUCUAAAAUGCCUCUGUUUUGCAGUGUAUCAGGUGUGGAGGUUUUGUAUUCAUUGCUGAGGGAAUCCCGAAGAACAUGAAUGCUCGUAUAUGUUAUACAUUGCUCUGAGAACCAGAUGUGGAAAUACUGUGAUUGUAUUAGCAAUGUCUCCCUUUUGAUCUGUAGUUCAAUUAAAUUUAAGGUGUUAAUGUUCAACAGCCCCAGUUUUGUCACUGCCAAGUUGUUUUUUUAAUUAAAACCUUGGCAUUUUUCUGGUGGCCAGACUUAAG